CUGCAGCGGGAACCACUGACCAAUAGCUGCGUGAAAGAGGUGUUUCCUUUGCUAUUUAUCCUACCGUUGAGACUCAGGUUGUCUGACGCAGAUCACUUCUCUCCGUUCAGUCCACAAGGAGUGUUUAAGGAUUUGCCUGCAACAAUGUCGAAAGAUGUCCCACGUGAACCGGAGCAGCUUCGCAAGCUGUUCAUCGGAGGUUUGAGCUUCGAGACCACAGACGAAAGCUUGCGAGCUCAUUUUGAGCAAUGGGGAAGCCUUACAGACUGUGUGGUCAUGAGGGACCCCAACACCAAAAGAUCCAGGGGCUUCGGCUUUGUUACGUACUCAUCAGUGGAUGAAGUUGACGCUGCCAUGACUGCACGCCCCCACAAGGUUGAUGGACGAGUUGUUGAACCUAAGCGAGCAGUUUCCAGAGAGGACUCAAACCGACCAGGUGCCCACGUAACGGUGAAAAAGAUCUUUGUUGGUGGCAUCAAAGAAGACACAGAGGAGUCACAGCUGCGAGAUUACUUCUCACAGUUUGGCAAAAUCGAGGUUAUUGAUAUCAUGACCGACCGUAAUACUGGAAAGAAGAGGGGCUUUGCCUUCGUGACUUUUGAUGAUCAUGAUUCAGUGGACAGGAUUGUCAUUCAGAAAUACCACACAAUCAACUCUCACAACUGUGAAGUGAGGAAGGCUCUCACAAGGCAGGAAAUGCAGACUGCAGGAAUGGGUCGCAGCAGUGGGAGUGGAAGGCCCUAUGAGUAUGAGAGAGGCUUCAAUCAGAGUGGCAGAGGUAGAUAUGCAGACGGUCCUUACAAUUGCAAUGGAGGUGAUGGCGGUAACGGUGGCGGCGGAGGCGGCAGUGGUGGUGGUGGUGGUGGGGGAGGCUAUGGAGGUGGUCCUGGCGGUCCUGGUGGAUAUAACAAUGGCGGAAACCGAGGUUAUAGCCAAGGUUACAACCAGGGUGGUGGUGGAGGAGGCGGCGGAGGCUAUGGUGGUAAUGGAGGAAAUGGUUACGACAGCAAUGGCUAUGGUAACUGUGGGGGAGGCGGCAGCAGUGGCGGUGGUGGUGGCGGCGGCGGAAAUAACUACAGCAAUAUGGGCCACUACGAACCCCAGGCCUCCAACUUUGGCCCAAUGAAGAACAACUUUGGUGGUGGUGGUGGCGGCAGCGGUGGCGGCAGUGUUGGUAGGAACUUUGGUGGCUAUGGAGGUGGCUCAAACAAUGGUGGCGGAUAUGGUCGUUCAGGACGAUUUUGAAUGUGACUUGGACUGAGUACUUAAGUGAGGAGAGCAAGGAGAGGAGAGCAAGCGAAGUGACAGGGCAGCUGCAGGUUUACCUCCUAAAUCUGCUCAGCCAAACAGUUGUGGCAGGUUACAGCUGCUGCAAGAAGAGAUGUACAGUAGAUAAAUCAUGGAGGGUCUUCAUUUAAACGUUUUGUGUUUUUUCAAUCGAAAUGUGUUUCUGGAAAGCAAGCAUUCCUAUGAGGUUUUAUGUAGAUUUCUUUUCUUUGAGUCUGGUUUUUAUUUGUAACUGCAUCAAAUCAAGCUGAAAUAAACCAUCUUUCGGGUUUUUUUACCACGUGU